AUUAUCAACGGCAACGAAUUAUGGCAUUGCAAGCACGACAAAGCCUAAAGAUUAAAAUUUCUGUCAUUUUUCACAUCUUCUGUUCUUAAAUAUAAUCCGUUUUCAUAGAAACGUAAAAUUAAAUCAAUCAAACUGCUGCGUGAUUCGUUGAAAUAUUAGAGAUUAAAUGAGGGAUUAAUUUCAACAAAGGAGGUUUUAUUUCGGCUUAGAUUUGUCUGCUUCGGUUUGCGGCUGUCUUUUCAAGCUCUUUGGGAUUCGUAAACUCGAAAUUAAACUUAAAAUGGAUGAACAAAAUAGUGGAUUUAUUAUAUGUGAUGUUAGUUUCAAUGGACAUCUUAUUGCUGAUGUUAAACUGCCUCGUGCGUGUAGCAUGGGAAACAUUGUUCAAGGUCUAUGGCUUGACGACAACUUUCGCAAAACUGGCUUGGAGUAUUUGAAAGCGAAAGAUGAAGCGCUGAAAAACGGGGAAGAAGAUGCAGCAACAAGUGGCAAAAGUUUUGGUGGAAUUGAUCGCUCAAUAUUGCGAGCUUACGUUGCCAUCCGCAUAAUGCCCGUUUGGAAAUGGCUGGAAUUCAAAGAUUUCAUCGUUGAUUUUGAGAACCAGAAGGAUUGUUACACUGUUGGUGAUGUCUUGGGCACUCUCUGCACUGGUUUGCACAAACCUGUCAUUAGAAUUGUGCCAAAGAAUGACAAUGAGACUGAAGAGGUGCGGAACAUGGUGAAAGAGCUUUUGAAGACCAGGACAUUAACUUCCUUGACCACAUCUGACUGUCCUUUAUCAGCUGGCAUGCUGAUGUUGAUAGCCCAAGGUCGAUACACAACUAACAUUGGACGCGAUAAAUGUCAGGCAUUCUUAAACUGGGUAAGGCACCAGGACCUCAAGAGCAUCAACAUUACAAGUAAUGUUGUACAAAAGCCCACUGUCGCAGUACAAACACCGCCUGCUAAUUCCCAAAGUACAAACAAAGAGAUGGUGAAACAAUUAAAGCCCAGGAUUACGUUCUCGCAACACGAGAUUGACAAUUUGAAUGAUUGGUUUAGCGAAGAGGAGAGACCUAGCAAAGAAAUCAUGCUUGAAUAUACCGAGAUUCUCAACAUUCCAAGGAGAGCUGCAUCCAUGAGAUUACUCACACCAGAGAGCAUCUUUUUUUGGUUUAAAAACAGGCGUGCCAAGAAGAAACGCCAAGAAUUGAGCUUGAUUCAAUCUUGGGAAGAAAAGAAUGUGCCAAUGGGUCAGGUGGCUGAUGUUGCCAUGACAACUGAAAAUGGCAACUUAUCUGUUACCAUGGCAAAUUCUGAAGACGAAGGAGAGGAGCAGAAUCGCAUUGCAAGAAUCUUGACACAACAAAAUAUGAUGAAAUUGCAACUCAUCACUGAGUCAUCAGGAAAGACAAGGAAAAUGACAAAACCUCGUGUUACCUUUGAUCCUCAGACUGAACUGACAAUGCUCCAGCAAUGGUUUGAGCAAAAUGAACGUCCCAAUAAAGAUAUCAUGAUGGAGUAUACAAAUAUCUUGAAUGAGGCCAGAGCAAUGAACAAUAAACAGGAUUUGAGCUAUGACAGUAUUGCCAUGUGGUUCAAGAAUCGUAGAGCAAAAAAAAGACGAAUUGAAGAAGGUGGUUUGGUGCAUAUCAGUGAGAGCCAAGAGCAUAAUUUAGCCAUGCAAGAAGACAAAAAAGAAAAUAAUGGAAGUCUUGACGAAGUAACAGAUGUGAGCACAACUGAAGUAAAAAAUUCCACAUUGCCAAUUGUUGCUAAAGAUGAUCAAAAUGGUGAUAAAGAAACACUUGUAAACAAUGACAAUGGUGAAAGAAAUGUGUAUAAUGCUGGACUUGUUGCCAUAGAAGAUGCAACAAUGUAGUUAUCAUUGUGUCAUGAACACUUUUUAAUUAAGAUAUCACAUUAUCUAUAUAUAUUGCAUAUGUAAAUACGAAGAUGAAAUAAAUGUCAUGAUUAUGUCUGA